UUUCUCGCCUGCGGCUGAAAUCUGGACGGUGUGCCUGUGCCGCUGCUGGAGGCAAUGUGGAUACAGCACUCAGGUUUUCAUUCUGCAGAUAAGUGUGUGACUAGAAACGCAAACAGGCGGAAAAUGUAGAUAAAAGUUUCUCCUCUUUUUUACUGUCUUUCUUCUCCCGGUUGUGUGAGCGGUCUGCCUCGAGCGUUUUACAUGCGGACUGUCAUUCAGAAAUACUACAGCCUCACGUGUUUGACCUUAGACUGUGCAUUGGAGAUUUUUUAUAUGCUUUUACUCUCAUAUUUUUUGCUCGUUUAGUCACAGAAGACUUUGUGCACUUUGGUAAAGUCUUCACAGCGAGUUGGAGUCCCGGUGACAGACGCGUCCUUUUGCGUUUGUGAAUUAUUCUCUGCUUGAAUCACGGAUUAAGUUAUCGUAAUCUUAAAAUCAUUUAAGGACUCUUUCUGGGAGAAAGGCAUGGUAUACCUGCAGGUCAUCAGAGGGUAACAGACUGUGGAUAUCUCAUCACUUUUUACAAUCAAACAGGCUGAAAUUCUUCCUGAAAAUUAAACCGAAAUGGAGCUUCUGUGGGUCUGUCUGUUGCUGGAGGUGUUCCUGAUGUCCACUGCUGCCAGGGGUCCACCUAGGGUGUCAGAGCGGGUGGCCCACCGGCAGAGCAUCCGCCUGGGUCGCACCAUGAAGCUGCCCUGCCCCGUGGAGGGUGACCCGCCGCCGCUCAUCAUGUGGACCAAAGACGGCCGCAACAUCCACAGUGGCUGGACACGGUUCAGGGUGUUACAGCACGCUCUGCGCAUCAAAGAGGUGGAGACUGACGACGCAGGGACUUACAUCUGCAAGGCUACCAACGGGUUUGGCAGCGUGAACAUCAACUACACACUCAUCGUUAUCGAUGACACCAGUUCAAGAGGCGGAGCAGCGACGACCAAUGGUGACUCUGAACACACCCCGGAUCUGGCUGGGAAACUGGUGCGUCCACGCUUCACUCAGCCGUCAAAAAUGAGGAAGCGCGUCAUUGCUCGCCCGGUGGGCAGCUCAGUACGCCUGAAGUGUACAGCGAGCGGUAACCCUCGUCCUGACAUCGUGUGGCUGAAGGACAGUCGGCCGCUGGUGGACGACGACGCUGGGGCAGGAGGAGAAGGAGAAGGGAAGAAGAAGAAGUGGACUCUGAGUCUGAAGAACCUGACGCCAGAGCACAGCGGGAAGUACACCUGCCACGUGUCCAACAGAGCCGGAGAGAUCAACGCCACCUACAAAGUGGAAGUCAUACAGCGUACCAACUCUAAACCCAUUCUGACUGGCACUCACCCCGUCAACACCACCGUGGACUACGGAGGAACUACAUCUUUCCAGUGUAAAGUCCGCAGUGACGUCAAGCCGGUUAUUCAGUGGCUCAAAAGAGUCGAACCUGGAGAUGAGAAUAAAUUUAACUCCACCAUCGAGGUUGGAGACCACCGCUUUGUAGUCCUGCCUACAGGGGAGGUUUGGUCGCGUCCUGACGGAUCCUACCUCAACAAGCUGCUGAUAACCAGAGCCAAGGAGGAGGAUGCCGGCAUGUACAUCUGCCUGGGAGCCAACACGAUGGGCUACAGCUUCAGGAGCGCCUACCUGACUGUGCUACCAGAUCUGAAGCCCCAAAGCAACGCUAUUCCCGCAGCGACAUCCCCGAGCCUCCCCUGGCCUGUCAUCAUCGGAAUACCCGCAGGUGUCGCCUUCAUCUUAGGCACCGCCCUUCUCUGGUUCUGCCAAUCAAAACGCACCUGCUCCUCUUCUUCUUCUUCAUCCUCCUCUGCUCUUCCCGCUGCUCAGCGUCUACCUGCGGCCAACCGUGACCGAGCCUGCCCGACGCUGCCUCCUCAACCAGCCAACAGCGAUAAAGAUUGUCUCUCAUACGAGGACUACAUCGCCCAUCAGCAGCUGCUCCUGGCUCAGGGCGGCACUGGAUUGGCUCCCAAAGUCUACCCGAAGAUCUACACGGAUAUACACACGCACACGCAUUCACACGUGGACGGGAAAGUGCACCAGCAUCAGCACAUUCACUACCAGUGUUAGCACGCUUCUGGUGUCUCACACUCUUACAUGAACAUGUCCCAGUGCAUGCCUCCACAUCGGUCCAUACUAGCUGCUGACACACAGCAAAGAACAAGAGACCACGCAACUCUUCCUCAUUCUGCUGCAGCCUCGUUAACGUGUGAACACAGACUUAUUCAACACACAAACUAUGAAGAAUGUAAAGAAAGAUCGUUAUUUGUAGCCUGUCCAGAAAUCUAUGAGAGAAAAAUCCCAAAACAUAUUUUAUUCAAAGCUUUUUUUAUAUGAAAUAUUUUCUGUAGAUUAUAAAUCUCUCUUUUUUGCUCAAAGGCUUUAUCUGAAGAAACAAUGAACUCUGCAGCUUCAAGGUAACGUCACAACCCAACAGUUUAUCUCUCCUUUUAGUUCUCUGGACACAACCACAACUUCCUCAGUGACAGUAGAAACAGCCUGCCUACGCUACUCAUGUAUAUAGUGGAAUACGAUUAUAUGGCAUUUAGCACGCUACUUCAUCCUGGGUUAUCUAUAAAGAAUAAUAUAGCAUGUAUGUAAUGUAAUAGCUUAAUGUCAGAGUAUAUCUCCAACUGAGCCAUAGGACACACAAAUUAAGGCGAACUCCUGAUGUAUCCACUCCCUGGGCAAGAAAGAGGGCUGCCAGGCGUUCUGAUAAAUGUCCAGCUGCUAUCUGGGUACUGAGUGGAGAAAGAGCUGAUGUCAAACUGGUUCAGGCAACAUGGAUCUCUCUUAGUAGGUCGAUUUUAGCAGCUCCUCCAGAAGCAAUCAUCUCCCAACUCCAAUAACUACAUCUACUGACAGUUCUGCCUCUUUACUUCCUGGAGGAAAGCAGCAUUUUCUGUUUCACGUCAUCGCCAUUUCAGCUUUGCUUGACGCUCGCUGACUUUAAAAGAGAGUGGAUGAAGGAUAUCAGUUCUCCUCGUGUCAUACGUUCAACCUCUUCAGCCACCAGUGCAAAGGGAUCAUCGACAAUGCCUCGGUGUAAAACGGUGCCUUCUGAGAAUUGUUUCCAGAUUUCGCGGAUCGCUGUCGGAUCAGCGGAUAUGUCACAGACUCUUGUUAAUCUGUGAUGAGAUUUAGAGGGCUCAAAACAGAGGAGCUUCAUCUUAAACUCUUUAACUUAAAGUCCUCGACUCUUCUUCCUAAAGCGCCUUGCAGUAUGACCUCAUGAGUGAUGGAGCAGGGUUUGCAUGUGCUCUGCUCUCCUCACACGGCUUGUUAAGGAGCAUCUGUUGUUUUUAUCUAAAGAGGAAAUGUUUGGAUCAAGUGCUGCCGUCUCACCUGCAGAGCUGUCUGUCAGUAUGAUCUGGAAGAUGCACGAUGUUGCAGUCAAAACCUUCCAGAUGCUACGAAGGUAAAAUGAUGGGAUGCAGCUUUAAAGUAAAACAGAUUUAGAGCCAUAUAUUCAGCAGAAUGUUAUGUUGAUCACUACAGCAGCGCCCACUGCCGAGCUACAGGUACAUUAACUGCUCUUAGUGCUGUACAGUGGCAAUUAAUUAUAAUAGUUACAUAUCUGAUUCUGUGUUUUGAUUCAUCUGCAAAUUUACCACUAGUUUUAUUGACCAGAGAUCUACAAAUGUGUUUGAAAUGCAUUUACUGGUGGGGUUUACGCAUUUUCACACUAUUUGAUUACAGUUCAGUCUUAUAAAGCCCACACACAGACACACACAACCAUGGUUCACCUCCACACUUGUUUUUACUCCUUUUGGCUGAUGAGACCUCCUCUAACCUGUGUGUUGUGUGUUUGAUUAAUAUUUCCCUCCCUCCAUGUAGUUUUAUCGCACCAUCAGGGUUGGGACAAACCUUUAUCAUUCUCAUUAAUACAGUGACUACGUUUACAUGCACACUAAUAUUUCAUGAUCACACACAGGUCAUGUAAACAGGCUAUGCCACUUGGAUAUUUCGAAUUAGGCUUUGAUCUAAGAUGUGCCAAUAAUAUUCAGGUGUUAGGAGCAUUUCUGGCAUGUACACAGCUCAUUUGGAAUAUGUAUCUCAAUUUUAUUUUUGCUUUACUGCAGUUUGCAGCUCUUUGUGGUGUACACAAACCAACCAACCAGCCAACAGUUUGCAAGGCCGGCUACAGAUGCAUGCCCAACAAAAGAAAAGCCCACGUUUCUUGUUGUAAAAAAAAAAAAAAAACACAGCUACUUUUAAACAUUAUAAAAGAAUUCAGCAGGUUUUUGUAUACGUGCAAAUAUCGCAGUGCCGACCUUUUCAAGAAGGUCAAUCCCACAAGUCUGUCACAGGUGGAAAAUUUUUAAAUUUCCUAAUUUGUUUCUAACAAGCAAAAAUGGUGCGAGUGGCUCUAGCUGUUCCACUUUUACAUAUUUUUGAUGUGAUAAACAACAUGUCAGGGCUCAGCGUAUCCUCAUACAAUGGUUUGUAUGAUAUCUAACAAAUUUAUUAGCACCCCACAAAUGACAUUACAUACUUAAUGUUAACUUACAUAAGUUCAAUUUCAAGGAAAAGAAACACGGUGUCUGAAAAUAACUCAAAGUUCACUUGGUUUUUCAUGGGACACAAACACCGGCCUCCUGGGGUAAAGUCCUGUGUUCAUUGACCCAUCCACCUCAACCUGCCUUCUUACAUGAACUUUCGCUCUUUUUGGUUGUUAUACAAGAACUACUGGCUCUUACUUCUUCAUUACUUCUUGUUGGUAUCAUACAUACGAACACUGCAUAAGAACAGCCUGUAGAGCUCGUUAGUCAAAGUAGGCAUUCAUUUUCUUUAUCCAUAUUAACAGCUCAGUGGGAAUACCGCCUGUACUGCGCCUGUAGGGCAAAACCCAGAAUAUUUUGUGCAUGUAAACGCAGUCAGUGAGUUUGGUUAACUUUGGUAAUUCCCAGCGCUGCUCCUCCUGGCUUCAUCCUGAGCUGAGGUCCAAUCAGCAGGAUAAACUGAAAACACCUGUGUGGGCGUUCAGAGCCUAUAAUUUGUAAACAGGAGGUCACCAGCAGAUGUUGUGAGUAAAGCAAUUAGUUCACUAUAUAAAUGAUCCCAGAAUAAGCUGUUUUCAAAGCCAGUGUAAGCUCAAGGUGGAGAGAGUAGAAUUAAGGUCAGAUGUGUUAGGUGGUGUCAUUGUUAGUGAUUAUAAAACCCCCAUGGAGCAAACUCAUUGUCAGGGAUCGACAAAAUCCCAGUGAUCAAAAUUAAAUAAAUGUUUUAAGUUCAUUAAAUGUCAUUUGCAGGCACUAAAAUCCAAGAUCUAAUUAUGACUUGCAGAAAACUGCAACCACUAAAGCAUCAGAGUGUCUGAGCGGUGUUUUAGAGACAAACUGAUCCCACCUUCUUUUGUUACUUGGUUUGUUCAUGUAUUUGAAUGACUGUACGUUGUUCUUUUACUCUCACUGCAUCAUUGUAUUUUUACUUUCACUGCUCCUGAUGGGUUUUUCGAAGUUUUCUCACACCAUACCAUAAAAAAAAAACAAUUUAAAUGAGCCCAGAUCUCAUUGGAAACCAGCUCCAACAACCCUCCUCAGUCCAGUCAGUUACAGUUGACUCUGACUCACUCUCAGGUGUCCAUCUUGUUGUUCCUGUGCUCAUGAAUCUGACCACUGUAUAAAAACUGUGUAAAACGAUAUACUAAGAUAAGAUUUAGGUUUCAGCUGUUUUACAUUACAGCUCUCUCUGAAAGGCACGCUCACGCCAUGUGUACGGUUGGAGCAGUGGGGUGACUCUGUCCAGAGAUGUUUAAACAAAGAAAAAUGUCCAUGUGAAAUAUGGAGGAAAUUGUAGGUUCUGUCACAUAGUUGAUUGCACGAGUGAGUGUUUCUCUCUGCAGGCCUUCUUCAGGACGAAAUACAGCAGUGAGAACUUUACAGGGACGUGUUUAAACAACCAUGUGACAGGAAGUGGAAUAUUGAAAUCACCUGGUAACUUUAGUUACACAUGUGGUCGUUCCACAGUGUGUAUCUUUGCACAUAAAUCUUAAAACUCAAGUAGAAACAUACAAACAUACACACGGAUACUUCACAGAUGCCCAUUUAUCAUAAUACUCAUUUGGUGUGUUGUCUUUGUCCUGAGAAGCUUUGAACCCAGCAACUUGUCAAGCCUCCUUUUUUGUUUUGUACAUGUUGAAGCCCUUUCUGAGAUUUGUUUUCAACCUGUGUAGUUCUGUGUAUUAUUUCACUUUCUGAAUAAUUAGACUUUUAAGAUGGUGUAGCCUGUAAACCAUGCAGUUAGGGAUGCACAAUAUGUUUUGUUUUCAGCUGAUACCAAUAACCGAUAAAAAAGAAGUUCAUAACCUAUAGUUUAUGCACACCCAAGUGUGAGAGAGCUUAAAAUGUAGUGAGCAAAUAUGGAUGAUUUAAUAUUCUGUAGCUCUGACCUAACCAAACCUAAAUGACAUCGCUAUCGUUAACACAACAAAAACAACAACAGUUCUGACUCUUACAAUGUUCAUUUAUUUUUUCUAGUGACUUUGUUGGGACCAUUUAACAGUACAGUGUCCAGUGUUAGCCACUGCUGCUAUGUUAGCGCGUGCUAACCGGGCAGACGUUGAACUGACCAUUCAGUGAGACAACAGCAGCUCCUUCAGUGCUGGGUCUAACCUGUGUAACAGCAGCAACAGAAAGUUCGCUGUUUCAGGGGGGAGUCAGGCAAACUGGGAUUGAACCCUCAUUGCAAGCGUGUUUUCCAAACCAGCAACAGCAUGUUUGUAUUGUGUUGUAUUAUCAGCUAUAUUUAUUGGCUAUUUCCUUCAUUAUCAGAAUUAUGCAUAAUAUAAAUGACUCAUUAUCGGCCGAUAAUUUAUCAGAGUGAUAUAUAUCUACCAUCCUGGCAUGCAGUCUCACUGUAUAUCUGUAAUAAGUCCUAUGAAUCAACAAAAUGUGCAUCUCAUACUUCCAACAGAGACAGCCUGUGACCCACCGUCUGUCUUGUUAAUUUUCCAACCAAAUUGGGGUCCCUUUUUUCUGUAAAAUCAUUAAAAUACAUCUAUAUUGCAAAGAACAAAUUAAAAUUGAAAUACACAAGAACAGCAAAUGAUACACAUAUUUAUCUCACUAGCUCAAACUAAAAAUAGGACUUGAAAUAUUGCAUUAGCUGCUCUCCCUGUGACAUGUUCCUCUUGUCCUCCCAUCUUUUCUGUUUUAAAACUUCUGUGGACAGAGUCACCCUGAACAGCUGGAGCGUGUUCCUUCAUUUUAAAGUUUUCCUCUAAUGUCGGAGUGUGGAAACGUUUCCAAACCGUAAAACUUUCCCUCGGUCAGUGCCGUGUUUUUCAGUUAAACGCAUGUAAGUUUCAUUGUGUCAAAGCUAACGGACUGCCAGUAGACAGACUGUAUAUGUGCACGAGCACGUACAUGGACUGACACUAGUGUUGAAAUGAUAGUGUUAGAUAAUGUAGUGAGAAUGCUUUGGACCAUACAGUAGCUCUAGCAACACAUUGGCCCAGGAAACAUUGAAAAAAUGUCUUGAGAUUCAAACAGAAAGUGUUUCUAAUUUAUUUUAAACGUUUUAUUUUUCAUAUAAUUGGGCAUUAUACUGCAUGAGUGGAUUUUGUGUUAUAAUAGUAAUGUAAGCUAUGUAGCAAAUACCAUGUUCAUGUCAUUGUAAGAUACCGUAUUUAUACAUGCUGACAGAAUAUACGAAAUUUUAUCGAUAAUCUUUGUAUCGACAAUCCUGUACAGUCUAGUCAUUUAGGUUAAAAUUUUGUUUUCUUCCAUUGUAAUCAUGUUAUCUGUGCCAUUAAAAAAGUUAAAUCUA